AUGGCAACUAUGGAGGGAAAAGAAACUCUGGAGGAAGGGGAAUUCAGAUUUCCUCAUUGCUCUCGAGGGACUAGGAGCCCCGCUGUCCCUCAUCCUAAUCCAUUGACUGGUGGUGACUAUUGUCGUAAUGAAGGGGUUCGAAGGACAUGGGUUGGAAAUAUCCCUUCUCGAGAAGCCAGGAGGAAGAGCAAAUGCUCCUUCACUUUGAGGAGCCUCAUUUGGUGUGGUGGUGUGAAGCGUAUUAGUGGUCUUAUCUAUGAAGAAACUCGUGGAAUUUUGAGGAUCUUCUUGGAGAAUGUUAUCCGUGAUGCUGUGAAAUGCAUAGAGCACACUCAUUGUAAGACCGUUACUGCUAUGGAUGUGGUUUAUGCUUUGAAGCGCCAAGGGAGAACUCUCUAUGGUUUCGGUGGUUAG